AGGGGACGCUCACCUUUGUCCUCAGCUGAUGCAGAUGCCACCAUGGUUCCUGUGUCUCUCCGGUCACACUCUGAUGCCAGCCAAGCCAAGGACUUCACUCGUGUCCUGCCGAUCCAGCUGUCCAUGGCCAUCCUGGGGCUUUUGGAUCAAAAAUCCCUGGAUGCCUGUGCUGCUGUCAGCGCUCGCUGGGAAUUCCUGGUCCAGCGGCUCCGGGAGGACAAGGAGUGUCGGAGCACAGUGCACAAGAGCCUCCUGCAGCUGCAGGAGUUGUGUCCUAGAAAAACCAUCCCAAACUAUGCUAAAAGAGUCGAUGUGCAAAUUCCCCAGUUAAAUGAUGAGGGUGAGGUCAUUGAAGUGAAGGACAAGGAGCAGAAGAAGAGGCGUAAAUCAAAGAUGGAGGAGUUCAGUCUGCAGGAAGCCUAUCGGGACCUGAAAACUCACAAGAUCCAGCUGGAAGAGAGGAAUGUCUUCUGUGGCCCCUACAAGACCUGUGUCCUCAUGGAGCAGUCUGACGGGAGCAGGAGAGCCCAUUACAGCGGCGGGGCCUGGGUGGCCGCUGGCAGCAGGAGCCUGAGGCUGCUCCACGUGCCGGGAGGGCAGCAGGAGCCGCGGCUGCUGCUCGGCCACGCCGAGCCCGUCAGAGCUCUGUGCCUCCGCGAGGACAAAGGGCUCCUGCUCAGCAGCACCGGCCUGGAGCUCAGCGUCAGGUGCUGGGAUAUUCACAGUGGUGCCUGUGUGAGAACCUUCACGGGGCACUAUGCCACCGUCGGCUGCCUGCAUUCCCACCAGGAGCACUUUGUGUCGGGAGCUGGGGAUGGCACGGUGAAAGUGUGGAGCCUGAGGAGUGGGAAAUGCCUCAGGACUCUGCUGCACAGCAGCCCGGUGCAGGCAGUGAGGAUGGACGGGACCCACGUGGUGAGUGCGGGUCACCAAGGGCUGGUGAAGGUCUGGAGUGCUGAGACGGGGGCUCUGAUCAAGACAUUAGAGAGGCACCAAGGCCCAGUUCUCUGCUUGUCCUUUGACCAGUGGCACCUCGUCACAGGGAGCAGUGAUGGAUAUGCCCUGGGAUGGAGCAUGUUGGGAAAAUUUAGGAGAUGCCUGAUAGCUUUCUUCCAUCCCAAGGAAGUCCUGUCCCUGGAGUUCCUGUACCUCAGAGUCAUCAGCGGCUGUGCUGACGGAUGCAUGCGGAUAUUCAACUUCCUGACUGGCACCUGCCUCAGGGUCUUGGAGCCCACCAGCAGCGGGGACCCCGUGUCUGCUCUCUAUGUGGCAGGAAACAGGGUGGUGACCAACUCCCCCAGCAGACUGCAGCUGCUGCAGUUCCAGGAUGUGCUGUGGGACUAUUCCCUGCCCGCUGACAGAGAGGAGCUGAAGAAGGACAGGAGGUCCCGGAGGGGGAAGCGCCAGGGCGCCAGCGCAGAGCAGCAGCGAGCUCGGGACAAGUCCCUGAGAUCUCGCCAGGGACCAAAGAGCCGUGGAAGACCCAAAAGUGAUGAAGCCGAGCAGGGCCCUGCUUCCCCUGCACCUGAGGAGGCAGAGGCCGCUUGGGCGCGUGAGCUGCCCCAGAGACACCCAAGCCGUGCAAUGACUCCUGACAAGUUCCUCUUAACAAUCGGCACCCUGCAGAGCUCCUGCAAGCCGGCGCCAGGCAGCCGCAGCCCCAGUUUGCUCUCUGCGAAAGCCGGGGCAGCCCGGCGGCGGCGCCCUGGGGAGGUGCCCGCGUCCGAAGCGGCCCUGCAGCGCAGGGAGCAGCAGGUGGCCCAGCUCCAGCGCGCCAGGCUGCACAGCCGCUCUCUGACCGUGACAAAAUCCUCAGCGCCCUUCCAAACCAAAACGCUGCGGCUCAGGCUGAAGAACUCUUUGCACAGCCCCACUCUGAGAUCAUCCAUCCCUGCUCCCUGUGUUGUACGUCCCAAGCCUUGUGGCUCGCCGGGGGAAAGGAAAACUCCCGGUGGCCGUGGGAAAGACACUCCUGGUCCCAAAGAUGGGGCUCGGCUCAUCGAUGUCUGGAGAGCUUCCUCAGAGCUGAUCCAGCCAACAGCUGGCACGGCUGCAGAGCUGAGGAAUGAGGCGCCCAGGAGAACAAAGCCCUCCUGCCCCUACAGCUCCCGCAGGGACAGCGGGCUCAGGCUCCGUCCAGCAGAGCUGUGUGAGGCAGCUGCGGCUCAGCAUCACGCACAGCAGGCAGGGCCCACGGAGGAUAAAGGAAGGGCCAGAAGGAAAGCCUGGCUGAGGAAAAUGAAAGGCCUGCCUGUGGAUUCUUUUACUGGGGAGAGGAAAACACUUGCUCCAGAACUUGGGCAUAAUGCAUUUAUCUGA